CACACACACACACACACAUAGACCAACCUGUUGAGUGUGUGAGUCUGUUCUCUGUAGUGUAGUGAAGUCUGGGUGUUGUCACGCAGCGUGGAGACAAGUCUCUGCACUGACUCACACAUCCGUGUUUCUUUUCGUCGUUUUUUCUUCGUGGCAAAUCACAACUUUUUAAAGGUUAAACAACCUCAAGCUUGAAGAUGUCCAAGAUCUGUGCUUUGGUGUUGGUGACAUUCGUGUCCCUGGUGUUAGCAGAGGAAGAGAACGUGGAAGUGGAAGACCCAUUUACUUUUGAUUACCACAGGCUGCGUGUUGGAGGCCUGAUUCUAGCUGCUGUCCUCUGUCUUAUUGGCAUCACCAUCCUGUUCAGUGGCCACUGCAGAUGCAAGUUCAACCAGAACAAGAGCAGGAGGAGGACAGGAAGCAAUGCUCAGCAGAUGCUCACUGACCAAGGUCGUGCCUGCGACUGCUAGAGGUCAGCAAGAACACACACUUUUCACUCCCCAAACCUGCAACCAACAGAUAACAUGGAGGAGGAGCAGCAGGAUUUGAGACCCGCAGUGACAGGCCUUUGUGUCAUUUAGAGAGAGAGAUCAACUGAAAGUGUUCAUGUUUGUAGUGAGGAGUGUUGCUUUCUGCCUGAUGACUGAACUACUGUGCUGCAGCCUGCACCUAUACUUACACACACGCACACACACACCUACAUCCUGUACACACAAUAUUUGUCAUUUUCAUGUUCAAGUCACUUCCUACACCAGUCACACCAACCUAUUACCAAAAAAACUGAGUGUCUAUGUACCGUAAGUUGUGUCAGUGUCUCGCUUCACUUCUGUUGUUGUCUGUGCUGUAUGUAUAUGGUAAACGUUGAUGUAGAUAUUAGUGGCUUACUGUGGCCGAGCUAACCUUCUGUCCUGUCAAAUAUACAGAACACACCUGUCCAUGAGUGAUUAGAUGACUCCUGAUAAUCCAUGGUAACAUUUAGAUUUAUGGAGGCGUGUAGAGGAUUGCACUGUUCAGAGAUACAGAGUCUGUCAUGUUUCUAUAAAACAACUGUCGAAACUA